AUGAAGAAGCCGCCGCAGAAUCCGCCGGUCGUGUUCAACUACUUAGAGAACAAGGAGUACACCAUACAGCCGAUUCGCUGGCUGCUGAAGCCGAUAAGCGCGUGGCCGGUGACAGACUCGUCGAUCGCAGAGAGGCUCCUGUCAGCGGUGCUGCUGGUAGCGUGCAUCUUCCUGAUCGCCGGCACCCUGGUGCCCUGCGCGCUGGCCAUAAUCCUGGACGAGACCAAGGAUCUGGAGAUGAAGAUCCGCGACUUCGGGCCGCUUAGCAACUGGGUGCUGGCGAGCCUCAAGUACGUCUCGCUGCUGGCGCACGUCGACGACAUACAUCGCUGCAUCGAGCACAUCGAGACGGACUGGCGGGCCGUGACGAGGCUCGAGGAGCAGGAGGUGAUGCUGCGGAGCGCCAGACUCGGUCGUUUCAUCGCGCUAUCCUCCGCGGCGUUCAUGCACAGCGGCGUGUUCUCGUACGGCAUAUUCCGCGGGAUGACGCUGGGCGAGUCCGUCGCGAGCGACAACACGUCGGUGCGCUCGCUGCCCUUCGCGUUCUACACACCGAUUCUGGACACCACGGCGAGUCCGAUGUACGAGAUAGUGUUCGCGAUACAGUGUCUGUCCACGUUCGUCGUGAAUUCCGUGGCGGUGGGCACUUGCAGCCUCACCGCCGUCUUCGUGCUGCACGCCUGCGGUCAACUGAAAAUCCUGAUGUCUCUGCUGGAUAAUUUGAUCAACGAGAGAAACGAGAAGAGAGACUCCUCGCAGCAAAAGUUCGCCGUCAUCGUAGAGCAUCAUUUAAAAGUACUCAGCUUCGUGUCUCACAUAGAGAAAAUUACGAGUGUAGUUUGUCUCGUGGAGAUAGUAGGGUGCACGCUGCAAAUGUGUCUCUUGGGUUAUUAUUGCUUACUGGUACACGAAAAAGAAGGUAUAGUGGCGUAUGCUAUAAUAUUGAUUUCGGUUACUUUCAACAUCUUUAUAUUUUGUUACAUCGGAGAGAUACUUUCAGAACAGUGUGGCCAAGUUGGUGAAACUGCUUACAUGACAAAUUGGUAUCUGUUACCCGAAAAUACUGCUCUCGGUCUCGUUCUGAUCAUUUUAAGAUCCAGCAUUGUAGUCAAAAUCACUGCUGGAAAAAUGAUCGAGCUUUCUCUUUCUACAUUCGGUAGUGUAAUUAAAUCCGCGUUAGCGUAUUUAAACAUACUUCGUACCCUUAUUUCUACGUGA